GUUGGCAACACUGUAUCGAGCAUUUGACAGUAGCGACGUAAUCUGACAGACAAUUAUUUCUGCUGAAUAUGAUGAAAAAUUACAGCCAACGGAGCAACCUCGCUGGCAGUACGUAAACAUAUAUAAAUAAAUGAACUUGCAAUCGCCCGUCUGAGUAAACAAAUUUCGUAGUGAAAUGAGUCAGGGAUCAAGGUACAACCGCUACGGUGCUUGAAGAGAGAGAUAGCGGGAGAAGAGAGAAACAGAGAGAAAAGAAUAAAAGAAAGAGAGAGUAACAGAGAGGGAGAAAUACAAAGCCGUAGGGUAGCUGAAGGGAAGUUGGCGUCCAGUCGCAACGAUUGCGUCGAGUAAGUGUUAAAUGAUUGAUUUUGCUUUAUCGUGUCACAUCAAUCGGACCACCUGUCAAUUCACGGCCUUGGCAUUGAUCUUGAAGCGCAUUGUGCAGUCACAGGAAGUAAGAGGUUAUUUGUCUUAUCCAUGAGAAAGAGACCUCGAUUUAAUCACAGACAUGGAUAUGGAACUUUCAGAUCAGUGUUAUCGAAUUCAAGCUGUCAAUCGCGCACGUAAAAUACCCAGCGUGAAUUACUUGUGGGAUAAGUCUACAGAGGUAUAUGAACGGGUUAAAGGCACAAACACAUUUGUAAAUUGGGCUUUUGACACCGUUGAAAGUGUGGUGAAUACGAUGAUCGAGAAGUCCAUGCCGGUCGCUCGAUUGAUGGAGAAACCAAUUUAUACGUUGGAUAAAACACUGUGCCAGGGCAUUGAUUUUGUAGAAGUAAAUCUACCAAUAAUUAAAGAAGAACCUAAACAGAUAUUAAAUCGCACUAAAUCUAUAGUAUCUGAACGUCUCCGUCCUGCAGUGAAAACUUUUACUGAUUUAAAACAAGAAACCAAGCAGAGAGUAAGGGUUAUGACUUUACUCACGUAUUACAAGGUUCAUUACUUACGUAUCUAUAGUUGGCAACAAGCCGACAAGGUCAUGUCAACUGAAACGGGUAUCAAUAUUUUAAAGACUGUUGACAAUACUACUGAUUUUGCUGAAGUUAUGCUAGACAAAUAUUUACCUCCACCAGAGGAAGAAACUCAUGAUGAUACAGAGCGAUUAUGUAGUGAACACGUCAAACUGCAUCAUACUAUGGAAAGACUGAGCGAAUUCAGUACUCGAGCGUAUAGACGUAUUUACUACGCAUUAAUGGAGAGGUUGCAACAUAUGUAUAAGAUAGAAAUACUUAUUUUGGUGUUACAUGCGCUUGUGGUUAUCCAGGCGAUCAAGUUUUUGGAAACGGUAAUGAGUUUUAUUUUUAAAUUAUUCAGUGACUGCCUUUUUUCGUCUAGAGACACGCUCUAGUCCGUUCUAAUCAGAUGCAAUAACAUUUAAGAAAUCAAACUAUUUUUAUCACUUUUACAUGGAAAUUAUUCCUAAAACGAGUAUAUUUUACUUGCAAACUGCUAAUUUUACUUAAUACGAACGUCGUGAAACAUGUGACUAUCCAUGGAAUAAUUUCUAAUUUUACGGUUCAAAAUGAAAUUAAAAAGAAGAAGCAGUACUCAGCUAUGAUAUAUGGCGACGUUCUCAAGAGACUUGCACAUUUCUGACUUUUUAAAUAAUCUCUUAACUGUUAUUUGUUAAGAACACACAUAGUAAUUCAAUUAUUUUUAAGAAGAAAAUCUCCACUCUCUAUGUGUAUUAACUUUAUAGAGAUAAUCUCCUUUAUAAAUAUACAGGAUGUUUCAAAGCUUUCUUUUAAUCGUAAAUAUUAAAAUUUUUAUACAUACACAGUGUGUGUGUAUGUAUAUAUAUAUAACGUUUUAAUUUUAAUUGAAACUUAAUAAACUAAAUAUUAAUGUUUUAUCAAAAAAA